GCCGCGCCCGCAGCCCCGGCCCCAGCCCCCGUCCCGGCCCCGCCACCGGCUCCCGCCCCGGGCAUCCUCAUCGGUGACCGGCUGUACUCGGAGGUGUCACUCACCAUCGACCACUCGCUGAUCCCCGAGGAGCGCUUGUCGCCCACGCCCUCCAUGCAGGACGGGCUGGACCUGCAGUGCGAGACCGAUCUGCGCAUCCUGGGCUGCGAGCUCAUCCAGGCGGCCGGCAUCCUGCCCCGCCUGCCGCAGGUGGCGAUGGCGACGGGGCAGGUGCUGUUCCACCGCUUCUUCUAUUCCAAGUCCUUCGUCAAGCACAGCUUCGAGAUCGUGGCCAUGGCCUGCAUCAACCUGGCAUCCAAGAUCGAGGAGGCACCACGCCGCAUCCGUGAUGUGAUCAACGUCUUCCACUACCUGCGCCAGCUCAGAGCCAAGAGGACUCCAAGCCCCCUGAUACUUGAUCAGAACUACAUAAACACCAAAAAUCAAGUAAUCAAAGCAGAAAGAAGGGUACUGAAGGAGUUGGGAUUUUGUGUUCAUGUCAAGCAUCCACAUAAGAUCAUUGUUAUGUAUUUACAAGUCUUAGAAUGUGAACGUAAUCAAACCCUCGUUCAGACUGCCUGGAAUUACAUGAAUGACAGCCUUAGAACCAAUGUCUUUGUUCGCUUUCAACCUGAGACAAUAGCAUGUGCUUGUAUUUAUCUUGCUGCGAGAGCUCUGCAGAUUCCACUACCUACCCGUCCUCACUGGUUUCUGCUCUUUGGUACCACAGAAGAGGAGAUUCAGGAGAUAUGUCUAACAACUCUUAAGCUGUACACUAGGAAAAAGCCAAAUUAUGAAUUGUUGGAUAAAGAAGUAGAAAAGAGGAAAAUGGCACUACAGGAAGCUAAAUUAAAAGCAAAGGGAUUAAAUCCUGAUGGGACUCCAGCACUUUCAACUUUGGGUGGUUUUUCUCCUGCUUCCAAACCAUGUUCCCCAAGAGAGAUGAAAACGGAAGAGAAGACUCCAGUAUCUCUGAAUGCCAAAGCUGUCAAAAAAGAGCCAGAAGAAAGGCAACUAGCUUCAAAGAGCCCUUACAAUGGCAUGAGGAAAGAAAGCAAGCGAAGCAGAAGCAGUAGAAGUGCUAGUAGAUCAAGGUCAAGAACAAAGUCCCGAUCUCGAUCACAUACUCCUAGGAGACAUUACAACAAUAGGAGGAGUCUCUCUGGAACAUACAGCUCCAGGUCAAGAAGUAGGUCCCGCAGUCACAGUGGCAGUCCUCGCAGGCAUCAUAAUCAUGCGUCUCCACACCUAAAAGCCAAGCACAGCAGGGAUGAGUUGAAGAGUGCAAAUAGACAUGGUCACAAACGGAAAAAGUCUCGCUCACGUUCUCAGAGCAAAUCCAGGGAUCAUUCUGAUGCUGCUAAGAAGCAUAGACAUGAACGUGGACAUCAUAGGGACAGGCGUGAAAGAUCCCGCUCCUUUGAGAGAUCUCAUAAAGGCAAGCACCAUAGUAGCAGUCGUUCAGGACAUGGCAGACACAGGCGCUGAGGCUGAGUCUGCCCCCAAACUAGUUGAACAUGUAUAUAAUACAGUACAUGGACUCUUAUUUCAGGAAAAAAAAAUGAUUAGGAUUUGAUUUAUUUAAAGCCCAAUGUCUAAUUUUCUAAAACAUGUAGAACUUUUUCGUUUUAAAGAACUACGUUGUUUUUCUUUUUCUUUUGUUUUUAUUUGCACAUAAUACCUUAGCAGUAUCACAUUGAUGGAAAACAAUGAUCAGGAUAAAUUGUAUGUAUUAGAGUUGUGUAUUGUAUGUCUAUAAAAACUGGAGAACAGAUUUCUGUAAAAAGAAAAAAAAAAACAACUUAUUUUUAUACAAGCCAAUUGCAGACACUUAUAUUUAAGUAUAGUUAUUUGUUUAAACAAUGGUGAAUACUUUCUUACACUGGUUUUAGUCUGCAUGUGUAAAGAUUUUUACAGAAAAUAAAGUAUAAAGCUGUUUUGUUUUGUUUUUAUUA